AUGGUGUCUCAGGUGCUGCAGCUGCUCCGGCAGGGCGUGUGGGCCGCGCUCACCGGCGGCUGGUACCACGACCCCGAGCAGAGCAAGUUCACCAACAGCUGCCACCUCUAUCUGUGGCUGUUUCUGCUGCUGUUACCCUUGGCUCUGCAUCUGGCUUUCCCGCCAAAUGCGAUAACUGCGUUGUCCUACUGUGGCUCUGUGACUGUGCUCUUUGCAGUCAUCAAAGUGGUCAGCUACCGCCUGCACCUCAUGUUUGAUAAAGGAGAGGUGAUCCAGCAGAGGUCCCCCAGGCAGCCGGAAAAGCCAAAGAAAGACAGAGAGGCCAAUCCCAAUGUUGAACAUGCCACCAACCCCAAAAUUCUCAGCAAUACCAGGCCAAUUCACAACAGCAAGAGAGAAGAGGUUGGCAGGAGCGUCCCUACCCCUCCCCUGCGCUGCAGCUCCCGGGGGCAGAGCCUCAGCUCACACCGCUCCUUGGGGCCACUCCGUCUUCCAUCUGAGGAAUAGCUGGAAAAUGCCUCAGGUGUCAUUCUGUCUGAGGACCACCCUGGAGCACCAGUGUCCUCCACGUCACCUGGCAUCAGGACGGAAAGCUUACCUGCCUCUCCAGGAAAGGAGGAAAUCCUGGAGAAGGAGAAGUUCAGGGGGCAGGAUGCCAAGCCGGAGAAACCAGACUCGCAAAGUCAAGACCACACUGGCACCAGCCCAGUGUUCACCCCACCUGCCAAGACCGCAGCGCUUUUCCAGGGCAACAGACAAAGACAGAUAAUCUACAGGGUGACUUCCCAGCAAGACAGUUCUGUCUUGCAAGUCAUCAGUGGGCCAGAAACCUCUGUGCAGGAGGAGAUGUCUGUGGAUGCAGUGCACGUUUUCAUGGAUGAACACGGGGAAAUUAAGUCCUGUUACUUAAAGUCUGGAAAUCAGAAAGAAGGCUCCUUCCAGUGUCCUCCCUCCGGCGAGACCUGUGCCCCGCAGGCCCGAGAGGUGCACCUCAGCUCCUCCAGCACUACCACUUGUGAGAGUCCAGACCCAUCCUCUGGGGACCCUGCAGUCAGUGCCCUGCAGCAGCAGCUGUUGCUCAUGGUGGCCCGGAGGACCCACUCAGAGACCCCGCGGCACGUGAGUCAGGACCUGGAAGACUCGUCAUGCUCUUCAGCAGCGGGAAAAUUCAACCGAGAACAGUUUUACAAAUUAUUCAUUUUUCCUGGCAAGUGGAUCAAAGUCUGGUAUGACCGGCUCACCCUGCUGGCGUUGCUUGAUCGGACUGAAGAUGUCACGGAGAACGUUCUUGCAAUUGCUCUCAGCGUCCUGGUUUCCCUCCUGGGGUUCCUGACCCUGAAUCGAGGCUUCUGCAGAGACCUGUGGGUGCUGCUCUUCUGCGUGGUCAUGGCCAGCUGCCAGUACUCCCUGCUCAAGAGCGUGCAGCCGGACCCUGCCUCCCCGAUACACGGACACAACCAAAUCAUCACCUAUAGCCGGCCCAUUUAUUUUUGUGUGCUGUGUGGCCUCAUUUUGCUCCUUGAUGCAGGGGCCAAGUCCAGGCACCCUCCCCGUUACGUCAUAUAUGGCCUGAAGCUCUUCUCCUCAGAGUCUUUGCAGACAGCCAGGGACCACUUGAUAGUGUUUUUGUACUGCUUCCCUGCGAUUUCGCUCCUCGGGCUCUUCCCGCAGAUCAACACCUUCUGCACAUACCUUCUGGAGCAGAUCGACAUGCUGCUUUUUGGUGGCUCUGCUGUGUCUGGGAUCGUGUCGGCCGUGUACAGCGUGGGCCGCAGCGUCUUGGCGGCCUCCCUGCUCCACGUGUUCUGCUUCAGCGCAGUGAAGGAGCCGUGGAGCACGCAGCACAUCCCAGCACUGUUUUCGGCCUUCUGCGGCCUCCUGGUUGCGUUGUCCUACCAUCUGAGCAGGCAGAGCAGUGACCCAUCUGUGCUUCUGUCCUUUAUUCAGUGCAGAUUAUUUCCUAAAUUUUUACAUCAAAGCUUGGAAGAGUCGGCCACAGACCCUCUCCCUCAGAAGAUGAAGGAUUCGGUGAAAGACAUCCUGCGAUCAGAUCUUGUCGUCUGCUCGGUGGUCGCUGUCCUCUCCUUUGCUGUCAGCGCGAGCACUGUGUUCCUGUCACUGAGACCCUUUCUCAGCGUGGUGCUGUUCGCCCUGGCCGGCACUGUGGGCCUCCUCACUCACCACCUGCUCCCUCAGCUCCGCAAGCACCACCCCUGGAUGUGGGUCUCUCACCCCGUGCUGAAGAGCAAAGAGUAUCAGCAGCGGGAUGUGACAGGUGUCGCCCAUUUAAUGUGGUUUGAAAGACUCUAUGUUUGGCUUCAGUGUUUUGAAAAAUAUAUCCUGUACCCAGCAAUAAUUCUGAAUGCCCUCACUAUUGAUGCAUUUUCAAUAAGCAAUUACCGGAGACUUGGUACCCACUGGGACAUUUUCCUGAUGAUCAUUGCUGGCAUGAAGCUACUGCGGACUUCCUUCUGUAACCCAGUUCACCAGUUCAUCCACCUGAGCUUCGCUGUCAUCUUUUUCCACUUUGACUACAAAGACUUUUCAGAGAGUUUCUUGCUGGAUUUCUUCAUGGUGUCCAUCCUACUCAGCAAGCUCGGGGACCUGCUUCACAAGCUACAGUUUGUCCUGGCCUACGUGGCUCCGUGGCAGAUGGCUUGGGGUUCGUCAUUCCACGUGUUUGCGCAGCUCUUUGCGAUCCCUCAUUCCGCCAUGCUGUUCUUCCAGACGGUCGCCACAGCGGUCUUCUCUACCCCUCUGAGCCCCUUCCUCGGAAGCGUCAUCUUCAUCACAUCCUACGCCAGGCCAGUGAAAUUCUGGGAGAAAAACUACAACACCAGGCGAGUGGACAAUUCCAACACAAGAUUGGCGGUCCAAAUGGAAAGGGAUGCAGGGGGUGAUGACAACAACCUCAAUUCCAUCUUUUACGAGCAUCUGACCAGGACCCUUCAGGAGUCCCUCUGUGGAGACUUGGUUCUUGGUCGCUGGGGUAACUACAGCUCUGGUGACUGCUUUAUUUUGGCUUCAGAUGACCUCAAUGCCUUUGUCCACCUGAUCGAAGUUGGCAAUGGUCUUGUCACAUUUCAACUCCGAGGACUGGAAUUCCGAGGAACCUACUGCCAGCAGAGGGAAGUGGAAGCCAUCAUGGAGGGCGACGAGGAAGACAGAGGCUGCUGCUGCUGCCAGCCUGGGCACCUGCCGCACCUGCUCUCCUGCAAUGCUGCCUUUCACCUCCGCUGGCUCACCUGGGAGGUCACCCGCACACAGUACAUCCUGGAGGGCUACAGCAUCAUCGACAACAACGCAGCCACCAUGCUGCAGGUGUUUGACCUGCGCAGGGUCCUCAUCCGGUACUACAUCAAGAGCAUAAUAUACUACAUGGUGACGUCCCCCAAACUCCUCUCCUGGGUCAAGAAUGAGUCACUCCUAAAGUCCCUGCAGCCCUUUGCCAAGUGGCAUCACAUUGAGCGUGACCUCGCAGUGUUCAGCAUCAACAUUGAUGAUGACUAUGUGCCGUGUCUGCAGGGCGUAACCCGAGCCAGCUACUGCAAUGUCUACCUGGAGUGGAUCCAGUACUGCGCUGGGAAGAGGCAAGAGCCAUCAAAGACCCUGGACAGUGACGAAGACUCUCCUUUGGUGACUCUGUCUUUUGCCCUGUGCAUUCUCGGGAGGAGAGCUCUGGGGACUGCAGCGCACAAUAUGGCCAUGAGCCUGGACUCCUUCCUCUAUGGCCUUCAUGCCCUGUUCAAAGGCGACUUCAGGAUCACAGCGCGGGACGAGUGGGUGUUUGCCGACAUGGACCUGCUGCAUAAAGUCGUUGCUCCAGCCAUCAGGAUGUCCCUGAAACUGCACCAGGACCAGUUCACAUGCCCUGAUGAGUACGAAGACCCCGCUGUCCUCUAUGGGGCCAUCCAGUCCUUUGAGCAGAAAGUGGUGAUUUGUCACGAGGCCGACCCGGCCUGGCGGGGCGCUGUGCUAUCUAACAGAGAGGAGCUGCUGACCCUGCGCCAUGUGGUGGACGAGGGCACUGACGAGUACAAGGUCAUCAUGCUUCACAGGGGCUUCCUGAGCUUCAAGGUGAUCAAGGUGAACAAGGAGUGUGUGCGAGGACUCUGGGCUGGACAGCAGCAGGAGCUCAUCUUCCUCCGCAACCGCAACCCCGAGCGUGGCAGCAUUCAGAACAAUAAGCAGGUCCUGAGGAACCUCAUCAACUCCUCCUGUGACCAGCCCCUGGGCUACCCCAUGUAUGUCUCCCCACUAACCACGUCUUACCUGGGGACACACCCGCAGCUGAGGAACGUGUGGGGCGGGCCUGUCACAUUGGACAGCCUGAGGACGUGGUUCCGAGCCAGGUGGCUGAGCAUGCGCAAGGACUGCAACACCGGGCAGAGAGGCAGAGGAGCCAUCGAGGACCCAGAUGGGGGCAGGGCCCCAAGUGGAGACAGCGGCGCGGAGCAGCCCCCGAAAGGUGGCACCCAGCACUGGGUCUCCCCACGUGGUGGCGAAGGUGCUCAGAGGACAGGCUGCAGGAAGGGCAGGAGCCAGUCUGUCCAGGCACCCUCGGCGCUGCCUACCCUGAGCUCGUCGGGCCCCAUUGUGGAGGGCCGCCAGGCCUUCCUGCAGACAUCCACAUCCGUGCAUGAGCUGGCCCCAAGGCCCUCAGGCAGCCGGCUCUCCCUGCAUACCUCAGCUGCAUCCCUGCACUCCCAGCCGCCCCCAGUCACCACCACAGGCCACCUGAGUGUCCGAGAGCGUGCAGAGGCGCUCAUCCGGUCCAGCCUGGGCUCCUCCACCAGCUCUACCCUCAGCUUCCUCUUUGGCAAGAGAAGUUUUUCCAGCGCUCUCGUCAUUUCUGGACUGUCUGCAGCAGAGGGGGGCAACACCAGUGACACACAGUCAUCAAGCAGCGUCAACAUCGUGAUGGGCCCCUCGGCCAGGGCUGCUGGCCAUGCCACACGGCACUUCUCUGAGCCAUGCGACCCCACUGAGGCUGCAGAACAGGGGCAGCUCCGUGACCGACGUCUAGCUGAGGCUGUGGCAGAGAACCUGGGGGUGAUGUGCAGAAGAGCGAGUCAGGAGGACAUGGGCCUGGACGACACAGCUUCCCAGCAGAGUGCUUCGGAUGAGCAAUAGUGGAGUGGCGCCUGGCGGGGAGAAAGCUCUCCAUCUGUCACCUUCACUCUUCUCCCUGCACCCAGCACAGUGAGCAAGUGCUCCUCACCCAAGGGCUCGUCCCCAGGGGAAAUGGGAGCCAUUCUGGAAACAGUCACAAUGUUAAUCUCAGGUUCUUAAAAAACUCUCACAUGAUGGGGAACAAAGACGUUCACACUUUCCUCCCCACAAACACUGCACAAAGAACUUGACAUUUCAAACAAAAGCCAUUUAAUAUCUGGAAACAAGUAGAGCAAAGAUAGCCCGUGAGUACCUCCUUCCUGCCCUGGUGGGAACAAGACCACUGCAUGCUAGUAACUGGCACUUUGUACACUGCUGUCACCAGGAGAGGCUGCACUGCACCGCCACCACAGGUGGGCCCAGCGUGUCCAAGCCCAGGUGUAAGGAGUCUCUCUUCUCUGUAGUACUAGUGCAGCUGUAGGUAUAGCCAGCAGCACCCCCUCGCAGAAUUCCAGCAGUACAUGCAGUCCUGUCUUCCGUCCUCUGAGAGGAGCCAGGAUAUGUCAGGAUGGGAGUUAGAAAUGGGAACACGACCAGACAUCCUGGACUACAAUCACUCCACAUGUCUGAGUGGUACCGGGCUACCAGUACCCUGCACUCCCAGGAACAAGCAUUUGUCUUCCAAGCUGAGCAGCCCCUGCUGUGCCACAAGCACACUCGCACACACCUUUGUUUUGGAAUUAAAAUGUUUACAGUUAUUGCUAUUUGUGUGGCGUUUCAGUUCUGCUCCAAUUGCUUUCAUUUCUAAAAAUGUAUGCUUGACUAAAACUCAUCUAAAAAUAUAUCCAUUUCUAAAAAUGAGACUGAUACUUGGGCAAAUCCUGAGACUUUUCCCAUCUUGAAGUCUCACAGGGAGGGGAAGCCUGGAUUUUCUGGUGACAGCAGGAAGGGCAGGAGUCCCAAACAGCGUGCAGGAGGAAUAUUACACUGACCUGUGGGACCAUCCUUUGGAAAGACAAUAGCUAGAAAUGCUCAAUUUAGAACAGUCACAAAAGGUAUUCAAAGCACCUAUGAUUUGGAAGUUGGGGUGG